AAAUGAAGAAUGAGCCCGUCGUUGGGAAUCCGUAUGCCAAUUUAUGUCACUUUUGACGGCUCAACCAUAAUCCCUUUCACUUCCACUCAUUCCACAGAAUCUCAAUUUCCUUCUUCCUUCUUCACUUAACCUUUUAAUUUCCUUAUUUAAUCCUUUUUUUGAGUUUUCCCCCAACCCCAUCACCUUCUUCUCUUCUUCUACAACUUGCAGAAAACUCGGUAAAGAAAAAAUGGAGGCGUUGGAGGCACGCCGGAAGAGGAAGCGUAUGGUGAGGUCAUUGUGGAGUAAUUUUUAUAUUUUAUCUACAAGAUCACUUUUUCUCUGCUUCUUCUUCUUCUUCUUCCUCUUCUUCUUCUCCAUAUCCUCCGAUCAUCGCUUCUCCUUUCGCUUUCGUCCCUCCCUCUCUUCUUCCUCCUUCUCCCUUCUUUAUAACUCCGCAAGUCACUCCAUUGUUCAUUCUUUGACUUUCAACCAAACUUUUCUCCGCCUUCCCUUCACGCUCCAACACCGCAUACUCUUCCCCGAUCACCUACUUCUCGUCGCUACCGGCGGCGAAAUUCCCCGGAGCAGCGAACUCGAGUGUGUUUACCACAAGCUCGGGAAUCUUUCCGAGCAAGAUAACAACCCUGUUCUCGGUGUUCUUUCUCAACCAGUAAUUUCGACGGAGCGGUACACCGAGUUAAAGUUUAUCGUCCGGUGCCCGAUUCCUCCGACCAACUAUUCGGCCGCCGCCGUUUAUUUGCGACGGCGCGGCGGCGAGUUUGGUGAUAAGCACCGAAGUUGGGAGUUGCCGACGAAACUGACGACUCAUUCUUGGAAUAAUUUAGCUUACGAGGCGUAUUUAGAUGGAGACACCGUCGUUGUUUUCGUUAAGGGACUCAAUCUCCGACCCCACCAGAUAUCCGACCCGACCCAAUUCCGAUGCCAUUUCGGGUUCAAGAAUCUGGACAAACCCGGCGGAUUCAUCUUCAAAACGAAAGCGAUCUCCGCCGCACAAGAAGUGAUCCGGUGUUCGUUACCACGGAGCAUCGCGUACAACGCGAAUAAAGCUCAGGGCUUUCGGGUCACCGUGAGCCGCUCUCUUCAAAACCGAAGACGUCCGAUCAAAAAUCUCAUGCCAUCAGUGGCCACAAUUGAGAACGGAGUGAUGAAGACGACAACGAUGACGAAGAAGAAGAAGCACGAGCUGUGUGUCUGUACUAUGGUGUGGAACCAAGCCUCUGCUCUGAAGGAGUGGAUCAUGUAUCAUUCAUGGCUGGGAGUAGAACGAUGGUUCAUCUACGACAAUAACAGCGACGACGACAUCGAAAACGUAAUCGACGAUCUCAACCUCGAAGGCUAUAACGUUAGCAGGAUGAUCUGGCCAUGGAUUAAGACCCAGGAAGCCGGCUUUUCCCACUGCGCGUUAAGAUCAAAGCAAGAAUGCAACUGGGUCGGCUUCUUCGACGUUGACGAGUUCUUCUUCCUCAAAAACAGAGGCCACCAGAACGCACUCAAAUCACUGAUCUCCAACUUCUCGUCGUCGUCGGAACUCGCAGAGAUAAGAACAGCAUGUCAUAACUUCGGACCUUCUGAAUUAACAUCGCUUCCUAAACGAGGAGUGACUACAGAAUACACGUGUCGAAUGAAGAACUCAGAGAGGCACAAAUCCAUUGUUAAACCAGAAAUGCUGGACACGAGUCUAUUGAACGUGGUUCACCAUUUUCAGCUGCAGGAAGGAAUAUGGUCGGUGCAGGUGAAGGAAGGAGAGGGAGUAAUAAACCAUUACAAGUAUCAAGUUUGGGAGAGAUUCAAAGAUAAGUUUUUGAGGAGAGUGGCGACGUAUGUGGUGGAUUGGCACGAGGACAAGAACAAGAGGUCCAAGGACAGAGCACCUGGACUAGGAACACAGGCCGUAGAACCACCUAAUUGGAGAUUCAGGUUUUGUGAGGUCUGGGACACUGGUCUGAAGGACUUUGUUCUCUCUCAUUUUGCUGAUCAUCAAUCUGGGAUCCUUCCAUGGGAAAAAUCCACUCAAGAAGUACAGUAACCAUACCUUGAACUUGGAUCUUCUGAAAUUAAAGCGUGAUUUACUGGACACAGGUUUUGUGUGUCUCUUCAAAUUUGCUCUGAAGUUGAUGAGUUGACCUCCACACUGCCUCCAGGAAUUGCUGAAGUUUUACAUUUCCCCCCUCUCUCCCUAGAAUUGAUUUAUUGCUUUCUGGGGCCUUUCAAUGAAAACAGUUUUAUUUUUACACUCUUAUUUAUCUGACAAAUAUGUUUAACAGGGGAAACGUAGUUGGAGGGCUCACAUACUUGUAUAUCCUUUAACAAUGUGAAUGUAACUCCCCUGUUCUUGCCCCUUUUGUUUUUUUAUUUUAUGGCCCCGCGUGAUGCUGCUUGUUAAACAGCAUAUCAUUUGAUUCAGUGGCUCAUGUGAUUGUGUGUGUGUAUGUUUGGAUAUUUUAAUUGUGACAAGAA